AUGCCGGUGACCUUCGAGGAGGUGGCUGUGUAUUUCACCCAGGGGCAGGGGGCUCUCCUGGACCCCACUCAGAGAGCCCUCUACAGGGACGUCAUGCAGGAGAACUACGAGACGGUGACCUCGCUGGGAUUCCCCCUUUCCAAACCUAAGCUGAUCGCCCAGCUGGAACGAGGGGAAGAGCCGUGGGUUCCCGAUCUCCAGGCCUGCAAGGAAAGAAGGUUUCCGAGAUGCAGCCAUACAGGACAGAGCCCCCAGUCUGGCCAGGGCCCCUUCCCGGCCCUGCCCCUGCCCAAGGGCAGGCCCCGCUCGGAGGGAAGGCUGAGGAAUCACGUCCAUGUUUCGCUCCAGAUCGUCCCGUCUUCCAGGAGACGGGGAAAGGGAAUGGCUGUGAUGGAGCCAGCUCAGAUGCCGGUGACCUUCGAGGAGGUGGCUGUGUAUUUCACCCAGGGGCAGGGGGCUCUGCUGGACCCCGCUCAGAGAGCCCUCUACAGGGAUGUCAUGCGGGAGAACUACGAGACGGUGACCUCGCUGGGAUUUCCCAUUCCCAAACCUGAGCUGAUCUCCCGGCUGGAACGAGGGGAAGAGCCAUGGGUGCCCGAUCUCCAGGCCUGCAAGGAAAGAAAGCUUCCGAGAUGCACCCGCACAGGUGCUGAAUGA